AUGGCCAUAUCUUCAUCCAAAUGCGGAAGCAAUUGCCAUGUUAGGUCAAUUAGCUUGCCUUCAAGAUCCCAUCCCACCACUCUUAGGAUUGUUGAUUUGAUCAACAAGCUCCAAUCAUCAUGGGAUGAGGCAUCCACUUCGUCGUCUGGGUCGAUUUGCGCCAGGCUCUCGGGCCUCGAGGGAGUGUACGUUUGCUUGGAUGAUCUCCUCAAUAUUAGAUCAACUCAACAAACCCUCUCUUGCAGCCAACGAGAGGAAUUCAUCAAUGAGCUAUUGGAUGGAUCCAUCCAGCUACUAGAUGUUUGCGACUACAUUAGGCAAACCCUAUCGUGCCUUAAGGAACAAGUGAGCGCUCUCCAAUCUGCUCUCCGGCGGAGAAAAGGCGAAUCGGGCAUUGAAAUGGGUGUCGCAGAAUACACCAAUUUCAGGAAGAGAAUGAAGAAGGAUGCCAAAAGAUUGAUGGCUGUAUUGAGGAAGAUGGCUGCCAAAUUUGAAGAUGGUCAACUGGAGAAUGAAGAUCACCACCUCUCAUCAGUGAUGAGAGUGGUGAGAGAUGCUAAUUUAUUGAGCACUUCCAUUUUCCAAUCUUUAUUGUCAUUCAUGGCAAUUCAAAUGUCAAGGCCCAACAGGCAAAUUAGCAAGUGGUCCAUAGUCUCCAAAUUGGUGCAUUCAAAGGGGGCAAUAUCAUGUGAUGAAGAAGAUAAGCAAGAGGCUGUUAAUGAGUUGGAAUCUGUGGAUUGUACUCUCACCACAAUGUGCAAGCACAUGUCAAGAGAAGGGGCUGAUAUCGAGAAGUUGCAAGUCACACAAUGUAAAUUGGAGGAUUUGGAGAUUGGGAUUGGAAGGAUUGAGGAUGCCUUAGAGGGAUUGUACAGGUGCUUGAUUGGAACAAGGGCCUCUCUUUUGAAUAUCAUGUCACAGUAA